ACGUGCAAAUGGCAGAAUGACAGGUUCACCGCUCGUGCUAAGAACAAGUGGAUUUGUAGAAAGCCACUACGGUGUGCUUACCAUAAAAUGGUGGUCAUCGAUGCUUUUAUCAAUACGUUUUAACAUGCUGCUUUAAAUUAUUGAAAAUAUUCAUGGCUCGACAGGAAAAGGGGUGAUCAGGAAAAGGUGAUGACUAAGCCCCUGGAGAAACAGGGACACCAGCAGUCAUCCCCCCAGAUGUUGGCUCCUGAUGGGGGUUGGGGAUGGGUUGUGGUCGGUGCUCUUUUCGUUGCUUCUGCCCUGGUCUUUGGGCUCAUCCGCAGUCUAGGCAUCUUUUUCGUAGAAUUUGUGCAGUACUUUGAUGAAAGUGCCCAAGCUGUAUCCUGGAUAACAUCCAUUGGGGUGGCAGUUCAACAGCUAUUCAGUCCAGUAGGUACAGCAGCAUGUAAUGUAUAUGGAGCUCGACCAGUUGUUAUGAUUGGGGGCUUCCUCUCAGGCCUAGGGUUUAUUUUGGCUUCCCAGGCAACAACUCUUUCACAUCUUUACCUGACCAUGGGACUCAUCUCAGGUUUAGGAUGGGCUUUGGUCUUCACCCCUAUUAUUGCAUCAGUAAUGCAGUAUUUCACCAUACGACGAUCUCUUGCCAUUGGCUUGGGCUUCACAGGCAUCGGUCUUGCCUCUUUCGCCUUCUCCCCACUGUUUCAGUACUUAGUAGAAGUGUACUCUUGGCGUGGGGCCUUGCUCAUUCUGGGAGGCCUAAGCUUCAACAUGAUUGCAUGCGGGGCUCUCAUUCGACCUAUAGGGAAUCCAAAAGUGAUUGUGAAGGCUGAAAACUCUUCCAUCAACAAGUGUUCUUCUCUAUGCUCCCGUUUCUAUGAAUGCUUUGAGAUCUCCCUGCUUUCACACCGUGGCUUCCUCACUUACACCCUGGCCAUCACCCUCUUCAAUGCAGGCUACUUUAUCCCAUACGUUCAUCUGGUUGCCCACAGUCGUCACAUCGGUUUCACUGAAUACCAGGCGGCAUUUGUGAUCUCUGUCACCGGUGUGGCAGACAUUGUGGGUCGCGUUGUAUCCGGGUGGGCCUCGGACCUCGGCAAAAUGCGGAUGCCCCACAUGCUGACAGUGUGGACUGGGUUACUGGGGAUAUUUCUGUUGCUCAUUCCUCUUGGUGUGACUUACCCAGGACUGUUGGUACUCGGCCUGGCUUAUGGGUUUUGUGCAGGAGCAAUGACCCCGCUCGCCUUUGCAGUGGUACCAGAGAUCGUAGGCAUGGAGCGAAUGCUAGGGGCCCUUGGUCUCCUGCAGCUUUUAGAGAGCGUUGGAGGGCUACUAGGAGCUCCGCUUUCUGGCUGGCUAAAGGACUCUACAGGAUCAUAUACUGCAUCUUUUCUGGUUGCUGGAAGUUUCCUUGUUUUAGGUACAUUAGUCACAUGGAGUCUUCCAAAUUUCUGGCUUUGUAAAAGUCCUUCACCUACAUCAUCAUCAUCAAAGAUAUCAUCUCAGGAUACAUCUCUGGAAGAUGGACUGCUGAAGCCAAAGCUGCCCACUGUUCCCGAGAGUCCCUUAGAUGAUAUACCCUGCUCAGAUUAGGAAGAGGUCUGGGGUGACAGACAUGGGACACAACCAGUGCAAGAAGAAGAAUAUAUAGCUGAUGCAAGAAGUGGCAGGAUUUUGUGAUAUUAGCAAAAUUUAAGAAGGCUACAACUGUUAUUAGGCUUUACUUCAAAUACACUAUGUUGCCAAAAGUUUUUAGACACCUGCCUUUAUAUGCACAUGAACCUAAUUGAAAUUCCAUUCUUAAUCCAUAGGGUUUAAUAUGGAGUUGGCCCACUAUUUGCAGCUAUAACAGCUUUAACUCUUCUUGGAAGACUUUCCACAAGGUGUUUAUGGGAAUCUUUGAUCAUUCUUCUAAAAGCACAUUUGUAAGGUCAGACACUGAUGUUGGACUAGAAUGCCUUGCUCAUAGUCUCCGCUCUAAUUCAUCCCAAAGAUGUGCUAUCAGGUUGAGGUCAGGACUCUUUGUAGGCCAGUCAAGUUGCUCCACACCAAACUCGCUCAACCAUGUUUUUAUGGACCUUGCUUUGUGCACUGGUGCACAGUCAUUUUGGUGCACAUCCCUAAACUGUUCCCACAAAGUUGGAAGCAUGAAAUUGUCUAAAAUGUCUUGGUAUGAUGAAACAUUAAGAGUUCCUUUUACUGGAAGGGAUUGGAACAACUGAAUUCAAUGAUUUGGAGGGGUGUCCCAAAACUUUUGGUAAUAUAGUGUACGUGACCCUGGCUGUGAAAACCCAGCUGAAGUCAUUUUUUUAUGAUUUACUGUUUGCUACAUAAAAUCGUCCAACAUAAUGUAAAGAAUAUUCUGUGAAAAUAUAACCUUGAUAUCUUUAAUAUUGACUGAGUAAGGCCAUGUCAAAGAUUAAAAUCAAUGUGAAAUUAAUGUCUGAAGUUGUACUUUGAUGCAUGUUAUCUCAAAAUUUGUUUUUUAGACUUUAGCCUGGUUUUCACAGGUAGGGUCACAUAUAAUAUUGGAGCGGGGCGGAAAAGUGCCUCAGUGGUUAGCACUUUCGUCUCACAGCAAGAAGCUAAAUGCUUUUCUGGUUAAACCAGAUUUGUUUAGGUGACAAAUUGCUAAACUUACUUUGGGUGUGUGUGUGAAUGUAACUGUGCACAUUAUAAAAUAGUUAUUUCCAUGAAUAUAGUCGGUAUAGACAUUGACAAGGUACCUCACCAAAAGUAGUUUUCUACCUCAUUUUCAUUUUGAAACAGAAUGGAAACAACUUUGUAAGAUUUCACCAUUUGUAGAUUUUUGUGUAGCAUGGUAUAAUAUAAAUGUAAUAUAUAUCAGUGGUGCUUUUUCGGCAAGACAAUCUGAUGAAGGGCAGCCUUUUAGAGGGCAGCAGUUUGGUUCAAGUUCAGUUUAUUUCUUGAGCACAUUUAAAAACAGUGGCAUACCAAAGUGCUUUAAAAAAGAAAUCCUAAGAGACGCAAGAUAAACACAUAAAAAUAGGAACCUUUUUAUAAAUAAAAGAUGUCUUUUUAGACAGUCACUCGUCACAUGUUAUUGUUAUUUGUAUAUGUUAUUUGGUAGACUAUUCCAUAGAGCCGGAUUUUUCAAACUUUAUGAUGCCAAGGACCCCCAAAUAUGAUGAACCUUUUGUGAGGGACCCCAUUCCUAAUAUAUUUAUAUAUGGUUCCCCUAUGAUUACAAGCUUUUAGAGUGUAUUGUAUAACAAAAAUAUUAUUGGCUACAUUUUACAAUUUAUGUUUAGCCCACUGCAGCAUCAUAGCAGCCUUACAAGGAAUUCUGUCUUACAAACCCUGUAAGGAUAAAGGACACCCUAAUAAGAAAGAUACAAAGCAAAUAUAAAUUAUUCUUGAAUGUAUGAAGCCAGAAAUGCGAGAUAAAUACCUAUUAAAUUAACUGAACAAUUUUUUGUCUUUUUUGUCUUUAAUUUUCUGGGGACCCCUAGAAUCUCCUGGAGGCCCUGGGAGUCCCGGACCCCAGUUUAAAAAAACUCUAGAGUGUGGUAAGCCUUUGCAAAUGCUUUACUGUAUUUCCUCUGCUGUUUAGGUGGGUUCUGGAAAUCUCAAGUACUGUGAGUUCCUGUUAGGCUUUUGAAGGAGAAUGGGGUUAGACAAAAACAUAAUUCAGUGCAAAUUCAUAUAAUUUGGUGUUCAUAUAAUUCUGUUUAUAAUUUUUUUUGGAGGUGCUUUACACCAAUUUUGUUAUUGUUAUUAGCCAUUAUAUUAGUGUUUUAAAGAAAAGUAAACAUGUUUACAACACAAUAAAUUUGCGAUUUGCCAACAGGCUAACAUCCAAAAUAGAUAUUAUGUACACAACAUGCUAAUCUCAUCUCAAAUAAAGUCAUAUGUCCCUUCUAAUUUUAACAAUCCAGAUUUUCUGAAGUCAUUGUCAUGUUCAAGAAACCAAUUAAAAUGAUUCAAGCUUGUGACAUGGUGCAUUAUCCUGCUGAAAGUAGCCAUCAGAGGAUGGGUACAUGGUGGUCAUAAAGGGAUGGACAUGGUCAGAAACAAUGCUCAGGUAGGCCGUGGCAUUUAAACAAUGCCCAAUUGACACUAAGGGGCCUAAAGUGUGCCAAGAAAACAUCCCCACCCCAUUACACCACCAGCCUGCACAGUGGUAACAAGGCAUGAUGGAUCCAUGUUCUCAUUCUGUUUACGCCAAAUCUGAAUGUCUCAACAGAAAUUGAGCCUCAUCAGACCAGGCAACAUUUUUCCAGUCUUCAACUGUCCAAUUUUUGUGAGCUUGUGCAAAUUGUAGCUU